CUCUCUCUCUCUCUCUCUCUUCCUCUUCCUUCCUAUUUAUCCCCUCUUCCCCUCACCUCCUCUCCCUUCCAAAAUAAUCAAAAAAAAUAUACAAUUCCUCUUCUCCUUCCUCUUCUUCUUCUUGCUUUUCUUCAGUCUCUUCCAUAUAGCUUUACACAAUUAUAAUAAUCAACAAUACGAUGUUGUGAGAUUGUGUGAGUGAGAGAGAGAUAUGGUGGGAUUGAGUAUAGUUUUGGAAUCACAGAGAGCUCAGCUGGUGAUCAACAAAUCCUCCAUGAUCGCCAACACCAAGCAUUCUUCUUCUUCUCCUCCUUCUCCUCCGCCGCCGCCUCCCGCCGCCGCCGGAUUUCUGGAGGUCUGCUUCUUCUGCGGCCAGAGGCUCCUCCCGGGGAACGACAUCUACAUGUACAAGGGGGACAGAGCUUUUUGCAGCGUGGAGUGCCGGUACAGGCAUAUGUUCGUGGACGAGCAGGAAACGACUACCAGUGGGACUACUAGUACUCACAAGAAGAAGCAGCUCUGCGCUUUCUCCGCCGCGGAUGCGGCGGCGGCGGGAGGUGGUUCUUCUUCUGCGUCGGCGGCGGCGGGGGUUUCGGCUCGGCACCACCGGAAGAGUGGGAGAGGAGGCGGUGGCGGUGGCGGUUUUGCUUACUGAGAUGAAGGGAUUGGUGUUUUCCUCUUUUGGUAUUUUUAUUUUUAUAUUUCUUUUUUGAUAGAGGGAGGGUUUUGGGGGGUGAAUUCCCAGUUUUACCCUCGCCUGUUUUGGUUCUACGAUGUAAUGACGUGGACGUGUUACCUGUCGUCUUUUUGCCACCUGGUAUGAGGACAAAAUUUGGGGGGAAGCAAUGGACCGCUCUGUGGGAGAGAAAAAAAAAAGGGGGAAAUUAAUUAUUAAAAUUUUUAUUAUUUAUUUUCGUGGCUUGCUGUCCCAUUCUUUGUUUCCUUUUCCGCCCCAGCCCAUGGGUUUGGUUACCCAUUGGCGGCCUAGAUUCAUAUAAUGAAAAAUUAAUUAAUAUAUUAUAUUAGUUAAAA